UGCUGAUGUGGGAGGAUGGUGGGGUGGCAGCGCACACACGACACGCAUAACACGCACCACACGCACGGCGCUGAUGAUUCUCCUCGUCGCUGUCACCUCGUGGCUUCUCGCCGCCUUGAACGCCGGUGUCGUCGUCUUUGCUCCGGGCCAAGACUGAUUGCUGCCCGUGUGCCUCGCAGCGACGCAGCGACGCAGCGGCGCAGCGGCGCAGCGCGACCUCCACUCGUGCGUCGUCUCGCCCAUUCGCCAGCAGCCGUUUGAGAUUGCGGGGCGCACAGACAGGCGAGCACAGAGUAGAUGGACGACCUCUCCUUCUUGUCUUCCCUACCACCACCACGCACACACACACACCACUCCAUCUCACACACGCACGCCCAUUAUGUCGACCAAACACAUCUUCGACAACCCGGAAGGUCUAGUAGACAAGACGCUUCGCGGAGCCAUUGCCGUCAACCCGGCGCUGCGCCUCUACAAGCCGCACAAGGUCAUCUACGACUCGACUCACUCCAACAGCAAAGUGGCCAUCAUGGCUGGCGGUGGAGCGGGUCACGAGCCUGGACAGGCGGGAUUGAUCGGCAAGGGUAUGCUCGCUGCGGCUAUCAGUGGAGACGUCUUUGCCAGCCCGAGUGCUGCGCAGAUUUGCACUGGAAUCGACUUGGCCAACACGGACAAAGGAGUCAUCUUCAUCAUCAACAACUACACGGGCGACCAGCUGCACUUUGGUCUCGCCGCCGAGAAAGCACGCUCCGCACUCGCAAUCUCGGGCAACAAGACAUCCGGCGGAGUGGAAUGCGUGACAGUAGCAGACGACGUUGCCGUGGGACGAGCCAAGGGCGGCCUCGUCGGGCGUCGUGGCUUGGGCAUGAACCCCUUUUCAUGCAAGGUCCUCGGUGCAGCAGCUGAGCGUGGCUUGAGCGUCAAGGAGAUCAAGAAGUUGGGCGACACGCUCAUCGAUAACUCGGUUACGAUCGGCACGUCGCUCGACCACUGCCAUGUGCCCGGACGCAGCAAGGACCCCAAGGAGUGGGGAGCACUCCCGCAAGAGGCGUGCGAGAUUGGCAUGGGCAUCCACAACGAGCCCGGAUUCAAACGUCUGGACAAGACGCCUCCCCCUGACAAGCUCAUCGCCGAGAUGUUGGACUACAUGCUCAACCAAAACGACAAGGACCGCGCCUACCUCCCCUUCUCCGCCGGCGACGCCCCCGUCCUCUUCAUCAACAACCUCGGCGGCAUCUCGCAGCUCGAACUCUUUGCCGCCUUGGACGAAACCAUCGCCCAGCUCGGCAAGACGUACGACCUCCACCCGGCCCGCGUCUACUGCAACGCCUACAUGACCAGCCUCAACGCCCCCGGCUUCGGCAUCACGCUCGUCAAGCACCGCGAGGUCACCAAGGCCUGCGGCGUCGAUCUCCUCGACUUGCUCGACGACCCUACGGACGCCUACGCCUGGACGGGCGUUACGCGCGGCUGGCCCUCGAACCCGCGCGACCGCGAGGCAGAGGAGAAGGAGGCUGAGCAGCGUCUCGCCGAGGUGCAGAAGAAGGGCGGCGCGGUCAGCAUGCUCGAGGCGGAUGCCAAGGAGAAGGCAGACGGGCCCUCGAACGCAGACCCAGAGCAGACGAAGAAGGCCAUCUGGUCCAUGUGCCAGGCGGCGAUCGAUGCUGAGCCCUCGAUCACGCGACACGACACGAUUGUGGGCGACGGAGACUGCGGUACCGGUCUCGCUACCUUCGCCAAGGCCAUCCAGCAAGGCCUCGACUCCGGCAAUGUAGACCUCAAGGUAGCCGCCUCGACGGUCAUGUCCAUCGGCACCAUCGCCUCGGACGUGUACGGCGGUACAUCCGGCGCCAUCUACGAGCUCUUCCUCGCCGGCCUCGCGCAAGCCUUCACCUCCAUGCCUCGUCAGCCGGCCACCAUCAAAGAGUGGAGCUCCGCCUCUUCCCAAGCCCUCAAGAGCCUCUUCACCUUCACUCCCGCCCGACCGGGCAUGCGUACGCUCAUUGACGCGCUUGAACCUUUCGUUGUUGAGCUUGAGAAGAGCCAGGAUCUGUCCAAGGCAGUCGCGGCUGCUAAGGAGGGGAUGGAGAAGACCAAGAGGCUCGACGCUAAGCUGGGCCGUAGUGUUUACCAGGGAGAGGGUAACGAGGAGAUGAAGCAGACGCCUGACCCGGGAGCGGAGGGGAUUGCUGAGGUUGUGGCGGGAUUGCUCAAGGGGCUGGGAGGGAAAUGA